UUCAUUCGAUUUAUUGAAAUUUUAUAAAUUAACUUUAUUAUUAAUAUACAUAUUUUAGGUACAAAAUGAAGUAGGUUAUUGCAACAGUGAUAAACCAAUGAUCUGAAGAAAAGUGUUAAUGAUUUAUGUAGUGUUAGCUUGUGUUUGAAAUGCACAAUGUCUAUGAAUUAUGUUUUCGGUUUCGCUCUAUUUCUACUAUUACUUGUAGCAUUAAAUAUAUACUUUUUCUAUACUCUAAUGCCGAUAGGUAAAAAAUCUCUAAGCUUUAACGUUCCCAGUAUUAAACUAGAUCAAUCGCCUAGCGUAUUUAAAGAUAUCUAUGAUUACCUCAACUAUCUUCCUAAUCAAUAUAGAAAUCGUAACUCCAAGUUCUUUCCACUUCAAAAAUAUUUGCUGACUUCAUUUAGUCCGUCAGAUAAUAUUGAAAAUUAUUGGCCAACUCAAAAAGAGGUUGGUACUGGAAGUUCUCUUUACCCUCACAAGAAUGGAGUCGCGGGACAAAUGCUAAGUGCUAUGAAGGCAGGACAGAUAGUCAUUGUUGACAAUGCAGUCAAAGGAACUCAACUUAAGUUACUCCUGCUUUUGGAGACACAUCAGAAGCUGUACUUCAAACCAAAGCGAUAUGAGAGAGAUCACAUAAUUCAUGGCAGUAUUGUGGCUGGGUUCGACAGGCACAACGCCGAAGUGUUUGCUUACUACCUCGCCAUGACACUGAACUUCACUUGGAUACCUCCCUCUGUGAUCAGGAAACUUCAUGUGGACAGAGAAAUAUUUUCCAUCGCCACAAUGGGAUUGAGAAAAACAAUGAUAAAAAAUGGCAAUGGUGAAUAUUGUAUCUAUGGAAAAUGCUUUUAUUGUAAGAUAAACGAGACUGUAUGCCCUGACAAUAACGGCGAGAUUGAAGGAGCAGCAAUUUUAUACUUAGACAGACCAUUUCAAUUUCAAGUGUACAAGUCGCCAUGGCGCCGCAACUAUAGAGAUUCUAAACUAAUGGAAUGGCAAAGAGAAAAUGAUUUUUGCAAAAAAGUUAUGGGAACUUUGAGCACAAAGAGAAUUUUAGACUUAGUCGAUAUUUCAAUAUUCGACUUUCUGAUCCAAAAUGGAGAUAGACACCGCUAUGAAAUGUACAAAGACAGAAUUCUACUUCUGGACAACGGAAAAGGACUUGGAAAUCCAUCUGUCGACGAAUUGGAUAUAUUAGCUCCACUUUACCAAUGCUGCAUUCUAAGAUUAACGACAUGGAAAUAUCUAGAGCUGUUAUCUGGUGGCAGCCUGACUGAAACAAUCAAACUAAUGUCCUCAUUUCAAGACGAAAACUUGGCUACAGAGGACCACUUUAAAGCCGUGGAGCGCAGGCUUCUCAAAGUGUAUGCUACUGUCCAGUAUUGUAUAGGAAGAUAUGGUAGUGCCAAAGUAUUUAAAAGUCAUUGGUAAUACUAAAGAUGAUUUAUAAAGGAUUGAAAAUCUCCACACUAAGCAUCGUACCUAUAUUCGUUAGCGCCAUCUAUUAAAUACUAUCAUAACUACACUGAUGAGGGCAAAAAAAAAUUCAAAAUGUAUAUUGAAGUGAUAUCAUGACAUCAAAAUGAAGAAAUAUGUCGUUUGUUCUCAAAGUAAAUUAAAAAGACGCUGAAGUAUUAUUAAAAAUAUGAUUUUUGCCACUUGCAGGCUGUGGAACAGCACCAUCUAGUUUUAUCCAUGAAUUGUGGGCCGUUUCAGAGGUACAUGUUUGUAUGAGAUUGUCAGUCCCAGUAUAUAUCGUCCUUGGUAAUACUUAGGUAGUGAUAAGGGUGCGCGCCCACGGGAGACAAAGUUGCUCGGCAACUUUCGUAUUUGUACUUAUAUGAAAAGUUGCGUCGCUUCGUGAGCGCACUUUCAUACUAGGCCAUGGCCGCGACAAAAAAGUCGCUGCGAAAAGUUGCCCGUGUGCGCGCUCUCUAAGUGAUAACUGAUAAAGUACAAGAUUAAGGACUGUACAGACGAAAUUUUGUACAUUGACCCGUCAGCUCUCACUGAUAUGUGUAUGUGUAAUGUGUUUAUUACCCCUGGCGCAGCGUAAUGGCUGAGAACCUUGGACAUCAAUUUGUGACAUAUUUGUUGUGAUAUAUAUUGUAUACCUGUGAAUCUAUUUAAUGCCAUGCAAUUAACUAAAUAAAUUACCCCUGUGCGAAUGGGAUACCGAUAUAUUUAGUUAUGCGCGUGCGAUAGAGAUAGGACCCUAACAACAACGCGGAUAUUUGACUGCAUUUACAAUGAAUUAUUUCAUACUUAGCACGAAAUAAAGCACCAGAAGAUGGAUAUAAAAUGUAGACAGCAAUUAUUUUUGUAUACAAUAGGCUAAUUUCCUACUAGUCAUAUCAGCUUCUUUUUAAGAACUGUCAAAACGAUUUGCUAGUAUGGUAGGUAUUACUAUGAAAUACUGAGG